CAGGGGCCCAGCAGUAAAACCGAGCAGCCAGUGAAUGAAGUCAGCUGAUCUCCGUCUGCUGUCACGCAUCGCAGCAACCAUCGUUUUCUCUCUCGAGGCAAGACAGUAAACCACCACCUCGUAAUCAGACGACUUAUAAACCUGUAAAGAUGGACACGUCCAAGCUGCCCAAGAUCAGGGAUGAGGAGAGAGAGAGCCAGUUUGGAUUCGUUCAUGGAGUCUCCGGACCAGUGGUGACAGCUACAGCCAUGGCGGGAGCAGCCAUGUAUGAGCUGGUCCGUGUCGGCCACAGUGAGCUGGUGGGAGAGAUUAUCAGGCUGGAGGGAGACAUGGCCACCAUCCAGGUCUACGAGGAGACAUCCGGUGUGUCUGUUGGAGAUCCCGUGCUGCGUACAGGGAAACCUCUCUCUGUGGAGUUGGGUCCAGGAAUCAUGGGAUCCAUCUUUGAUGGUAUCCAGCGACCACUUAAGGACAUCAAUGACCUCACACAAAGCAUCUACAUCCCCAGAGGUGUAAACAUCGGAGCCCUCAACCGAGACCUCAAGUGGGAGUUUACUCCCAGCAAGAGCCUGCGGGUUGGCAGUCACAUCACAGGAGGAGACAUCUAUGGCAUGGUGUUGGAGAACUCCCUCAUCAAGCACAAGAUCAUGCUGCCUCCCAAAAACAGAGGCACUGUAACCUACGUGGCUCCACCUGGAAACUACGACGUCACCGAUGUGGUGAUGGAGCUGGAGUUUGAGGGGGUGAAGGAGAAGUUCACCAUGGUGCAGGUGUGGCCCGUCAGACAAGUGCGGCCCGUCACAGAGAAGCUGCCCGCCAAUCACCCGCUGCUGACCGGACAGAGAGUGCUGGACGCCCUUUUCCCGUGUGUGCAGGGAGGAACCACAGCCAUCCCCGGAGCCUUUGGUUGUGGAAAGACUGUCAUCUCUCAGUCCCUGUCCAAGUACUCCAACAGUGACGUCAUCAUCUACGUAGGCUGCGGGGAGCGUGGUAACGAGAUGUCAGAAGUACUGCGAGACUUCCCUGAGCUGACCAUGGAGGUUGGCGGGAAGACUGAGAGCAUCAUGAAGAGAACGGCACUGGUGGCCAACACCUCCAACAUGCCUGUAGCUGCCAGAGAAGCCUCCAUCUACACAGGAAUCACGCUGUCUGAGUACUUCAGAGACAUGGGGUACAACGUGAGCAUGAUGGCCGACUCCACCUCCCGUUGGGCCGAGGCUCUCAGGGAGAUUUCUGGCCGUCUGGCUGAGAUGCCUGCUGACAGUGGCUAUCCUGCCUACCUGGGUGCCCGUCUCGCCUCUUUCUACGAGCGUGCUGGAAGGGUGAAGUGUCUGGGCAACCCUGAGAGGGAGGGCAGCGUCAGUAUCGUAGGAGCUGUAUCGCCUCCAGGUGGUGACUUCUCUGACCCUGUCACUUCAGCCACUCUUGGUAUUGUACAGGUGUUCUGGGGUCUGGAUAAGAAGCUGGCUCAGAGGAAGCACUUCCCCUCUGUGAACUGGCUGAUCAGCUACAGCAAAUACACCCGUGCUCUGGAUGAGUAUUACGACAAGCACUUCCCCGAGUUUGUGCCCCUGCGUACCAAGGCCAAGGAGAUCCUGCAGGAGGAGGAGGACCUGGCUGAGAUUGUGCAGCUUGUCGGAAAGGCAUCACUGGCAGAAACGGAUAAAAUCACCCUUGAAGUGGCCAAACUGCUCAAAGACGACUUCCUGCAGCAGAACGGUUACACUCCUUAUGACAGGUUCUGUCCCUUCUAUAAGACGGUGGGCAUUCUCUCCAACACGAUUUCUUUCUACGACAUGGCACGACACGCAGUGGAGACCACAGCUCAGAGCGACAACAAGAUCACUUGGGCCAUGAUUAAGGAGCACAUGGGAGAAAUCCUCUACAGGCUCAGUUCAAUGAAAUUCAAGGAUCCAGUGAAAGACGGCGAGGCUAAGAUCAAGGCCGAGUACGCUCAGCUCGUGGAGGACAUGCAGAACGCCUUCCGUACGUUGGAAGAAUAGGCUCCCUCUGCCUCUCGCGACCUUUAUGGAUUUCAUCUCUGAGCCCUCCACUGAAGAAUCACAUUCCACCUCCUCGUGUUCCUGAAAAACCUGCGUGCUCCCCUGUGCUCCUUUUUUGUGUGUGUGUGUGUGUGUGUGUGUGUGUGUGUGUGUGUGUGUGUGUGUGUGUGUGUGUGUGUGUGUGUGUGUGUGUGUGUGUGUGCGCGCAUUUUCAUGUGGAGGGAAAAGAGAAAGAUGUACUGUAUUCAUUAUUAUUUGUUGCCUCAUAUCGGCGUACUCUGGAUCCUCUGCAUGGUCGCUGAUCAUGCAUGCGUGUGUGAAUUUAAUGUGUGUUUGAAAGAGGGAUCUCUUCACCCCUUUUCUUCCUUUCUCUGUUUACAUGAUUUCUGUGUGUAACUGUGUUGCUCUUCCUGAAGAGGAUUGUUCGGUUGAUGUAUUGUAAUUCAAAAACCAUCUGUACAGAAGAGUAUUGAAUAUAAAUUUAAUAAGAUCAGUCUAUUUAUUGCCAGCAUUUUUGACGUAAAGGCUCUGUUGUUCUUUCUUUUUGUUUUUAUGGUUGUGUUUCACGCUGUGCAGUGUCGUGUACUUUGCUGUGUGAAUGUGUAAGAGUCGGACUCCAAUGCUCUGCUGUCCAAUACUUUCAUCAUGUUACUCCCAAAGAAUUAAAACAUGGGGAAAAAGA